UGGUGAUCAGACUAGACGUUAUCACUGAGUCUGGAGAACAAAGCAACAAGGUACUCACGCGGUUGUCGUCAGUUUACAGGAAAGUCAACCGAACUGGGAAUUGAUAAUCUCCAAAAAGGGGGCAGAGAAAAAGAAAAGAAAAGGAUUGAGCCCAAGCGUUGUGAGGGGCCAAAAAGAGAGAACCGAAGACAAAACCAGACAAAAGAACGAACAGAGUGACUUCCACUCACUCAUACACCGCUACCUCAAUACACAUUGCUAUCAUCCCUAAAAAGCACACACCUCAUCCCUCAACACAAUGGGCGUCACCGGCACAGUCAAGUACAUUUUCCACCUCCCGACUCGCACCAAACACCUCGCCCGCUCACCGUCCUCCUCCUCCACGCCCCGGAAAGAAAAAGCCACCGAAUACAUCAAAAGUUCCUCGAUCCAAGUGACGUUGAAGAGUCCCAGCGAUGUUGACCAUCCCCGGACUCGCCACGGAGCGGUGAGCUUCCAGGAGCUGCAGCCUCCUCCCCACAGCCGCCACUACCGCCAGACUAGCUGCAACCCGAGCAGUAGCGGCACUAGUGGCCGGGGCAGCAGUAGCAGCAAGGGCAAGGUGGCGAUGACGACAGCGGCCAAGAAAGGACGCCCUGCAGCGGUGCGGGCUGUGGGUUGGGCGAAUAUCGUUGGUGAUAGGCCGCGCUGGACGGAGGAGCAGGAGCGCGAGUUGGAAAUUGCGGAGGUUGAACUGCGGAGAUGUCAGAAGGCGUGGAGUUCCGAACAGGAGGUUUGGUUGGCUCGUAUUGAAGCCCUGAAUGAGGAAAAAGAAGCCCACGAGGAAUUCCUCCACAAUCGCGCCAGACAAUCAGAUGACGAGCAGCAAAUUUUCCGCAAGGUAUGGAGUCAGCGCAAGUCAUGCGACGACCCGCUGCAACGACAACCGUCGCAGCGGUUUCGUCGGCUCCGACGCUCGCAGGAUGGAGACGACGAGGAGGAGGAUCCCAUGGCGCUGGCGAAAUGGGGUGGGGCUGGUGGAUUGCGGCGGUUCAGGAGGACGUGGUAAUGGCUUCAUAAUGAC